AAUCCAACAACCGACAAGCCCUUUCACUCCGCCGCCGUCGCAAUCCCCAGCUCGCACUCUCCUCCAGCUCCACUCCCCGAGCAAAGGAACAACGCACGAGGCCGAGAUCCCCGCCCGCCCGCCGCGCCGGCGAAGUCCGCACCCCUCCCCUCUGCCCCGCGCGGCCGCGAAACUAGCGGCGUUUCCCUCCCGGCCCGCCCGGCCCGCGCGCCGCGCCAUGGGGACGGUGUCCCUGAACGUGGCGUCCUCCCGGCGCGGCGGGCGGCGCGGCCUGGCGUGCCUCUGCUCGCCCGCGCUGCUCAACCUCCUCGUGCUCCUCUCCCUCCUCUCCACCAAUCUCCUCGCGCUCCUCGCCUUCCUCUCCCCCCGCGCCCGCGGCCCCGUUCACGCCGCCGCCGCCGCCGCCGCCGCCGACCGCUCCGCCUCCUCCUCCUCCUCCUCCGCCAUCUCCGCGCAGGUGGCCGCCAUCGCGCGGGAGAUCGACGCCACCCGCCUCGUCCCGCACCGCUCCGCCCUGCCCCCGGAGCUGCUCCUCUUCCUCUCCCCGCACGCGCUCCCGCUGGGCCGCGACGCGCGCACCGGGCUCACCCACAUGCCGGCCUCCGUCGCGCACGCCUGCUUCCGCUCCCCGCCCACGCUCGCCCUGCUCGCCGCCUUCGCCUCCUACGAGCCGCGCGCCGCGUGCCCACGCAACGCCACCCUCCCGCACCGCCUCCUCUCUAAGGGAUGCGAGCCGCUGCCCCGCCGCCGGUGCCUCUCCCGGGGCCCCCGCGCGGCGCUCCCGUCCUCCAACAUGGGCGUCGACAGCCGCCGCUGGGUGAAGCCGCGCCACGACCACGAGUUCCUCAUCGACGACGUCCUGCGGCUCGCCGGCGCCGCCUCGACUAAGAUCCGGAUCGGCUUCGACGUCGCCGGCGGCGCCGCCAACUUCGCCGCCCGGAUGAGGGAGCGCGGGGUGACCGUGGUCACCACGGUGCUCGACAACGCCGGGAAGCCCAUGAACGAGUUCGUGGCCGCGAGGGGCCUGUUCCCGCUGCUGCUCUCGCCGGCGCACCGCUUCCCCUUCUACGACGGGGUGUUCGACCUCGUGCACGUCGGGACCACCGCGCUGGACGAAGGCGGGGCGCCGGCGCUGGGGCAGGCGGGGACGGAGGAGGCGCUGGAAUUCCUCAUGUUCGAUGUCGAUCGGGUGCUGCGCGCCGGCGGGCUGCUCUGGAUUGACAGCUACAUGUGCCACAGCGAGGAGCGGAGGCAGGUGGUUCUGAGGCUAAUUCGAAGGUUUGGCUACAAGAAGCUCAAGUGGGUUGCAGGAGAGAAGGCCGGCACGGGGAGCUCAAAGACGGCAAUGUACAUCUCUGCGGUUUUGCAGAAGCCGGGCCGGGGUUGAAAUCAAAUGGAUGGUUUGUUUUCUUCUUGAUCAGAUCUCAGGUAUGAAUGUACCUUCUGAUUGCUCAUCAGUUCAGGGGAUUUGACUUGAGAAAUGACCAUGCCGAAUAGAUACCCCGGAUUUUAGGUUGAUUUUAUUGUUUGGUCAGAUAGUAACAAUUGUUCAGCUUUUGUUAUCAUGUACUUACUGAUUUUAUUGGAUGUAAUAGUCUGCUCUUAGGUGGGAAACAUAUGAGGUACGAUUUGGUGCUCAACUGGGGGACUGCAAAGUAGUCCAAUGAUGUGUAAUUCGCAAUCCAAGCAGAAAAGUUGUUUGUCUGUCUGAAGCUAUUUUUUUAUCAGUUUAGUCUAUGGUGUGGUAUUCUGGAACUUAAUUCAAAUUUCAACGGAUUUGAUCAUUUGCAUAA